AUGGAAUCCCCCAUUAACGUCAUUGAUGCCAAGCUCAGCCAGGCUCUUCAAGAUUUCUGGACUGACCCCCAGACGGCACCAGAAGACAGGAAAGCGUUGCGGACGUUUCUCUCAGCGUCGCCCCUCAGAAUUCCCCCAACCGGAGAGUACCUGACAGAUAUUGGUGCAAGACUCCUUCGAGGAGCGCAAAUAGAUAACGUAGCCUGCUCUAGAUCGGGCUAUAUCGGUCCAGAACAUGCAACUGGCUUGCUGUGGGGCCUCUUGUUGACCCUGCCUCUGGAUUUCCUGGACUCUAUUGUGCAAGAUCCUUCCGGGCGCUCUCUCCCCCGCUUACCACAGCUGUCAUGGUCGGCAGAUGCACUUAUCCAGAUAUGCGCGGCCAAUCCAGACGUGUGCCAGAUAUUUCCCGCCAGUACUCUCAAGAGGACUGAUUUCGUGAGAAACGCCCUCACCGCUCUUUCCCAAGUGUACUGGGACGCAGAUUUGGUGCAUCACCUGCAUGGUCUUCUCGCCGGGGAGGACAAUAUCCUGGAUAGCCCCCGGAACUUUAUUUGUCUCCAACCACAGCUUCAUCGCUGGUGGAGCAAGGCCUACUUAGCCCUGGAGCCAAUCGAACAUCUACCCAAGGGCAUGCGCAUCAGGGUUCGCUGGCUCCCGAGGCCGUCAUUCAAAUCGUCUGAUCGAGUGCCUUUGAACACUGAUCCCCGUGAUCAGCUGACUUGCCCCGUUGAGCCAGGACUCGUCAAAGCUGUUGACCUGCGAACUCAACGACCGAUUAUUGAUGGGAACACCUACGACAUUGUCUCGGAUGAUUUGUCUGCUGUCCCGUCAUUUGAGGUCCUCAAGCUUCAAUGGGAUCUGCUCAAACUUGCGGCGUUGUCUGGAGCCGUCGACUCAUUCGAAGAACUUGAGGAGGAAUCCGAAAAUGACGUCGAUUUUGAUCUAGUGUCUGAGGGGUCCCGAAGAACGUCACAAGGGAUGUCGGAUGAAUAUAGGAAAUAUAGUCGCUAA